AGAAAAAUUAGUAUUUUCUACCUUCAGAAAUUAAUGGCCAUGAGUUCGUAUAUGGUGAACUCUAAGUAUGUGGAUCCCAAAUUUCCUCCUUGCGAGGAAUAUUUGCAGAAUAGCUACCUAGGCGAGCAGGGGGCCGAGUACUACAGUGCCUCGCAAGGCUCUGAUUUCCAGCACCAGGGACUCUAUCCACGGUCAAACUACAGCGAGCAACCCUUUAGCUGUAGCAAUGCCCAAGGCUCUGCCGGGCAGCCGCGGGGUCACGGACAGGAGCAAUCCGGCCCGGCAAGCCACUUCCCCGGCCCAGCAGAGCAUUGUCCACCGCCUCCAAUGUCCAACUCGCGAGCCUGCAGCCAGCAGCCGGCCCUCAAACCCCCAAACGGCUCCGCAGUUAAGCAGCCAGCAGUAGUUUAUCCCUGGAUGAAGAAAGUCCAUGUAAACUCGGUGAAUCCCAAUUACAACGGAGGGGAACCUAAACGCUCCCGCACAGCUUACACCAGACAGCAAGUCCUAGAACUGGAAAAAGAAUUUCAUUUUAACAGGUACCUGACCAGGCGCCGCCGUAUCGAGAUAGCCCACACUUUGUGUCUCUCUGAGCGCCAGAUCAAGAUCUGGUUUCAGAACAGAAGAAUGAAGUGGAAAAAAGAUCACAAACUGCCCAACACGAAGGGCAGGUCUUCUUCAUCUGGUUCAAACCCCCAUUUACAAACUGGUUCCAAGGACCAUCAGACUGAGUUGACAACUUUGUAGAAGAGGUGAAAUUUUCCAUUUCAUCCUUCGCUUCUGACCAGUACUGUACAUAACUGACACUGCCCAAGCAGAACCUGCAUGUAGCAGCUAAGGACACGAGAAACUGUCAUCUUUCUUUAAGGUACUGUUGUACAAAGGAGACAAAAUGACGCUACUUUGGACUUUAUUUUAUUUGCCUCUUCUGGCACAACUUAAAAAAGGAAAACAAAAAAAGGGGAAGGAAAGACAAAGG